AUGGUUCUCCUUCCCCCGACAACCGACGUCCUGCGGGGUGGUGGUGCCCUAUCCGUGAACACGGAAAUCACCACCGAAGGCACACCACCGUUAAAGGUUCCCGUGCCACCGCCCUCAAUGACACUCGAGACGAAGCCGCCAAUGAUCAGUAUCGUCGCCACGGCGACGACGACGACGCCACUGACGGUCAGUGACGUCAGCGCCGGAACCGCGGCGUCGAUGCUUAGCGCAGGAGGUCCGCUGUCACCGUACCGGCCAAGUCGGGUCACCCUCGAGUCCGUUUAUCCCUGCAUCACGUGCAACCUCUGCAAGGGCUACCUGAUCGAUGCGACUACGAUCGUCGAGUGUUUGCAUUCGUUUUGCCACAGCUGCAUCAUGAAGCACUUGCGCACCGAACAGUACUGCCCCCAGUGCGAAAUGAUGAUCAACAAAGCGAAGCCUAAUAUCAAACCGGAUGCAACGCUGCAGGCGAUCGUGUACAAGCUGGUGCCGGGUCUGUACGAGAACGAGCUGCUCCAGCGGCGGGCCUUCUACCGGCUGCACCCGGAAAUGGCCGCCUUCGCGACACCGGAACAGCGCGGCGAAAACACCGAGUAUCUCAUCUUUAGCCCGAGCGAGAAGAUAUCGCUUUCGCUGGAGUACGCGGAAAAGGAACUGGCGGAGGAAAGCGAAGAGCUGCUGAAGGCAAAGUACCUGCUCUGCCCGGCCGUGUUCUCGAUCGCGCUGCUAAAGAAGUUCAUCAUCUACAAGUACGGCAUCUCCGAGCGGCAGUUUUGCGUCGAGAUCAUGUACAAGGUGAAGACGAUCACUCUGCCGGAUUACUACACGCUGAUGGACGUCGCUUACAUCUACACCUGGAAGCGGGACGCACCAAUGAAGUUCUACUAUCGCAUCCGCACGACGGAAUCGAACCCGGUCGAGCUGCCGGAAGUUCCGUUGCGUCGUUCGCCGAGUCUCGUAACAACGGGCAAGCAACGUUCGACCACGGACGAAGACGAGGAGGACGAUAAAGAGAACGUGCGUGAUCUCGCGCGUGUGGGAUCGGAAGUGGUUACUUUACCUAGCGAAAGUGACGGCAACACGAGCAGCAGCAGCAGCUGCUGCAGCAGUAGCACCACAAACCGGCGUCGUCUGGAAGAGACACAACCGGCGGAAGUGGCCACUAAAUCGCUGCCACAGGACACGCUGGCAGUAUCGCCUGCCACUCCAGCGCGCAAAAACGAAUCGAUCAAGCUAAAGAUCGGAUUGAACAAGAACAAGUACGUCAGCAUCCUGGCGAGUCCGCAAUCGGACGUCCCGAGUAAUGCGGGUGCAACGGCAUCACCGGGCGUCGGACGACCGCAUAAAUCCCAGAAAGCGAAACGCAAACGUGCGCUAGCAGCAGCCGCCGCAGCAGCCGCCGGUGGUGCCUUGCAUCAGAUUGAAGGAAACCCGCGCCAGCUCAAGAUCAAGAUCGAGAAGAUCAAGGAUGUCGGGCUGGUAAGCAGCAGCAUGAGCAAGCGGGAAGCGAAGAAUGCGAAGAAGCAACACCAGCUGGCAAUGGCGGCGGCAGCGGCAUCCGCAGCCACCGGUGGUGCUCCGUACAAGGUUGAGCUGAGUCCUGGCGUCAGAGAAUCGUCGCAGGAUCACGAACGCGAUUCGAAGCGUCUGCACGGAUCCUCGAAGGGUUCGUCGUCCACGCCGUCCUCGGGCAAGGUGAAGGUGAAAUCUCCGAAGAGCGGUAAAAGCAGCAACAGCAGUGGUGGCACCAGCAGCCCGGAAGAUGUCAAGCACCCGAUCGUGCUGAAGAUCGACCAACGCAGUCCGGAUAUGGCAACGUCGACGCUCAAGUUCGGAAUGCCACGAAAACCGGCGGUGGUGGACAAGAGCUCGACUCCGCCACCGUUGCCACCAUCGCCACCGGCAGCACCAGCGGAGGUGAAGAAGUUCACGGACGAAAAAUCGAUGUUCCUGAACUCGUUCGAUCUGGCGCCUAUCAAAACCGAGGUGUCGUCUGAAGAAGCCAGUCGGCAGGAUCGAAAUUCUCCACCGAGUGGAACCGUGAGCCCGCCGACAACAACGACGACGACAACGACAGCACAUUCGUCAACGCCUCCAUCAACACCGCCAACAACGACGACGGUGGCACCCUCACCAACCAGCGGUGGACAGAUGAAGCGCAAAGCGAAGGACACAGCCGGUGGCACGUCGCGUUCGGCAUCGAAAAAACCCAAGCUUUCGGACGACGAAAUGAAAGCGAUCGUCGAGAAGAAGGUCGCCGAAAACAUUCGCUCUCCAUCGGAGCACCUCGCGCCACCAAUGUUCAUCAUACCGAAGGUGCCACCAACGGGCAAUGCCACCAUUACACCUUCCGGAGCAGGUCCUGCCGGUGGUCGACAGUUAUCACCACCGCUGCAGGGCAAUCCAAACCCUCCAUCCGUGCCAUCUCCGCCAGUGUCCUAUCCGAAUCGUGAUUCCCCGCGACCGUUCGCGUUCAAGACACCGGCACCUCCAGCACCACCACCACCACCACCACCGAUUGUGAGUGCCAGCAACAUCCCUGCGGUCAAACCCUCGCAGCAGGUCCUUCCGGCACCUAUCCCUCAGAAACCGAUCGUAGCAUCUCAGCCAGCGCCAGCCGGAGCGUCACCUAAACCACGACCAUCACCACCAACCGUUGCCCAAUCGGUGGCAGGUCCAGUUCGACGACCCACGGCACCGUCAAAGUUGCCGACGUCGUCGACCAACAGUUCCCAGGUGCAGCUCAACGGUGGUUCCGGUGCAACCACACACAGCGUACCGGCUGGUGGUGGGUUAAACAGACUCCAGAAGCCGUUGGAACUGAAGUCCGCUCAAAGCAACCCGUCGAUCAACAUACUGCCCCCGCCAGCUACGUCCCCACCGGCAUCGAUUCCGACGAGCAUUUUGGUGCAUGACACCGAGAUCAGUAAGCUGCGUCCGGAGGAUCUCAAGAAGAAUGUGAAGGUUUACGGACCGCCAACGUCGGUGGCGUCUGUUGUCGAACAGCAGCAAUCUUCAAAGCCCGGCUCAGGCAAACCAGAUGGAAUUAGCUUUGCCGUUCCACAGAAGAUGGCUCCGAAAUCGUCGUCGACGGCGGUGGCCACCACAGGCACGGGAUCUGCACCGACGAAACCCACCACCGGUGGUUCUGCGACGGUUCAAGGUGUAAAGGCACGUCCGGUUAACUACCUGAACUACGCGAUUUUCAACACUAAGGCGGCCGCAGCCGGCUCCCGGACACCGAUUCCGUCGUACUCGACAUCCUCCAGUUCCCCGAGCUACUCGCCCGACUCGCCCCAGUACAGUCCGAACCUCUCGAACAUCGGCUCGAAACCGUUCAAGUACGCUAACCCGCUCGCCUACAACAGCCACCUGCAGAACAUGCUGAACGACCGGAAGACCGGUCCACCAUCGCCACCAACGUCCACCAUCACCACCAUACCCGUUUCCUCUCCAUCACCCCCACAACAAUCGGUGUCCCCGCCAGCAGCACCCGCGCUGGCUCGCAAACGACCCGCGUCCGCACUCAGCCCGGACGGUCCAAAGUCCCCGGAAUCGCAACCACCGGCCGAGAAAGCUGCCGCCCUACUCCAACAGAUCCAGGAUCCCCAGAUCAUGUCGAAGAUCCCGUCCGCCCUGACAGUGUCCUUGUCGACGGCGGAAGAAGACAUGGCGCGACAGAUCGCACGCAAACGCCACGAAAUCGAUCCCAAGAACAACUUCAUCGAGAUCUUAAAGCUGCCGGAAGUGCCAAUCACCGAGGUGAAGGUGACACUGUCCGUGAUGCCACCGACGACUUCCAACAGCGUCACGACGACGAUCGCGAGCGCUGGUUCGGCGUCGUCCUCACCGCAGGAUCGCAGGUCUUCAAUGGCGAUGAAGGUCACUUCGGCACUUUCGGGUGGCGUCACGAUGUCCACUGGCCAGCAGCAGCAGCAGCAGCAGCAGUUGGGUGGAAAACCAGCGACGGCUCCACUCUCCACGGCCUCUGUCACCAGCGCAAUCGGUGGAAGAGGUCCAUCGGGUGUUGGAGCAUCCGUGCCCUCGUCAAAAGCACCUGCCAGUCUCCCGGUGUCUACGAACGCCGCCACUGGCACGUUCCAGCGCAAGUACAUGGAGGCGAUGGUGGAUAAAUCGAUGGAAACUAAAACCCCAACCCCGACCACCACCGGUAAGCAGCAACCGAUCAAGCCACCGGUCGUUUCGAGGGUCUCCACGACGAAAGCACCUACGGCUGCUAAUGCUUCGACCGCGGCCACGCCAACAAACUCCAAGUUUAAGCUCCCGAAUGCGACCGUCCGCGAGGAUGGUUCGAUUAAGCUGAACAACUACCGCGAGGUAGAUCUCAUCCUGAAGAACAUCCACUCGCAGAAACCGGCCCCGGUUCCGGCCAUCGGUGCAGCGACACAGAACCGGAUGUUGCCUCCGCAGACUCCCUCAACGAAGGUCCCGUCGACCACGUCCCCAUCCGCGUCUUCGGUGCCGAUCACUUCACGACCGAUCGCAAUCAACGGCCGUAUGACAGGUCCUUCGCAACCGAUCAAUCGCCCAUCGGCUCCCACCCACAGCGCGAGUUCCUUGGGCAAAGCGAAAACGACCACAUCGCCGGCAUCCUCGCCAGCGUCCACGACGCACAUGCCCUCGAUGGCGAGCAUGGGUCCGAUGUUCGACAUUCAGAUGAAAUCGGACGCGAUCGCGGCCACUAGUGGUGCUGUUGGUGGCACACCCACCAAGAAAACCUGCCCGGUGUCGUCUACAACGGGCAGUGGAUCUUCCGUGGGAUCGCUGGGAACGGUUCCUCGGCGCAAGUAUGCCCCGACCAACAACAGCGCCUCGCUGGUGCCACUGGUUAAACCUACCCCAGCUCCGAAGAUAACAGCCGCUGCAGUGAUUGCAGCGGCCGUGGCAGCGGCGGCCGCGUCGUCAUCGCCGUCAUCACCAUCACCGUCACCGUCGCCGUCGUCCGUAUCAACCGCCAGCGGGCCGAAGGGACAGUUGGGCGCUAGUUACGCCGAUUUCAUCACGCUUCACCCGCAAGGGUCAACCACACGCCACACCCAACAAUCGGCCGCAGUUGCGGCCUCAGUUUCGGCCCCGAUUUCGGCCUCGGUUUCGGCGGCUGCCUCGUCGUACCAGAACCAAAACUACUCGUUGAAUUUGGUGAACGAUGAUUACUUUAGCCGUCAGUUAGCGCAGAACAGUCUCAGCCAUCUGUACCCGGUGAUCAUGCAGCAGUACAUGCAGCGUGCCGCUGCCGGCGGUAUUGGACCGGAUUCCGUGACGAUCACCGCGUCGUCUAUAGGCACCGGGCGGAACAGCGUGUCGCAGAACUCGCUCACGGUUACCGCGAUUCCGCCCGGCACGUCGAGGGCGGGUGCUUCCGGUCGAGUGGGUGGUGCGGCCGGUCCUAACGUGAGUGGUCCGGGUGGGCCACGUUCCGGUGGAGCCGGCAGUGCAGGUCUCAAUCCGGCGACAUCCCGCAACAACGCCUCCUGA